CUUCUCCUGUUCCCUUUGUUAGCGCUAUCGCUUUACUGUUAUGUGCGCUGUGUUCCUGUUCCUGACAUUCAUGAUGCCUCUAGCAUGUUAUUGCGUUACUGUAAUGUUUCUGUUCCUGACAUUCAUGAUGCGCAUAGUAUGCUACUGGUUAUGUUAAGAUCACUCUACACUGUUUAUGCCAUGGUUAUUGCUUUAACAUUUUGGAUUAAAAUAUGCCGAUUCAUGACUAUAUUUCCAACAAAUAGAUGAAGCAAAAGAGCAUGGUUGAAGAAAUUAUGUUCCUCAGAUGUUUUUUGCUAUUCGAUUGGGAAAUGGAUAAUAGUGCCACCUCCUGAGUAUUUCUUUGAGAAAAAAAGUCUAUUUUACAACCCUAAAAACUUUCACUCGCACCGAGUUGUUAAAUCCUGAACUUUAGCCAAGUGGCAUACUCCCCUUUUUUUUACAUGGCAUACUAAAAUUUGAUACAAAUAUGCAAAAUUAUUAGUCGUGCUUAAAGCACCUAAUGAUAAAACAAGUCAUGUCGAAAUAAAUGAUACUCCCUCCGUUUCAAGUUAUAAGACGUUUUGAUUUUGGUCAAAGUCAAACUAUUUUAAGUUUGACUAAUUUUAUGGAAAAAAAUUGUAAUAUUUUUAAUCCAAGACUAAUAUAUUAUGAAAGUUUAUUCAAUUAUAUAUUUAAUGAAACUAUGCUGAUGUUGUAAAUAUUACUAUAUUUUUCUAUAGAGUUAGUCAAAUUUAGAGUAACCUAAAACGGAGCGAGUAUUUACAUAGUUCUUUUAAUAAAAUAAAUGACCAAAUGUGAGGUUUAAAAGUCAACAACUUUAUAUUUUUCAAAACCGAGCUAGUAAGUAGCCCAACAAUGUCACACAAUCCGUGUACAGUACAAUGGCACUUGUUUAGAAGGUAAUCCAACAAUCGGAAACGAUUUAGUACCAUGAGGUACUGGUACCUUGAGGUACUUCUUGUUGGACCGGAGCAAAUCUCGUUGCAUAAACCACCCUAAUUGUCACUCUAGUUUUGAUAUUCUACCCUAUAACCUAUUUCGUUGCAAAAGCCCACCCACCGUACACACGUGAGUAGCUUAUUUGCUCCAUUUCUUCUGACAUGGAUUCGCAGUGAACUGUAUAAGCCAUGUUGUGUUCAUCUAAUAUGGCUAUGAGGUGAGUUUGACUUGAGCUCGUUCUUAGGUCCUGUUUGGGAGAGCUUAAGAUUCUGAGAAUCUACUGGUUGAUAGACAGCUUAUGAGAAUAUGGAGAAGCUACUAAACAUAGCUUCUGAAUUUUAGUUUAUUUUUUAAGUAGAAUAAUAGAUUCUCAAAAUCUAUGUGACAAUCUCGAUUGUUUGGGGAGAGUUUUUGAUUCUGGGAGAAACUGCACCUACUAGAAACUCCCCAAAACAGAUCCUUAUACUAGUUCGAAGUGGCAAGAAGGGUGGAAUGACAAUCAAUGGCGUUGAUCGGCAGCGAAUCCAUAUUGAAAGAAAUGGGCCAAAUCAACUAAUAAUGUGUAUGGAGGGAGUAAUUUUGGCCUUUGGUUGCCUGAGCUUUUGCAACAAAAUGGGUUACGGAGUAGAAUGUUUAAAACGAGAGUGACAACGGAGGAGGUGGUUUAUACGAUUUGGUCAGUUUAAAAAGGACCCAAGACAUGUUUUGCACGAGGACAAAAACAUCCAUAUAACUAACUUAUCAUCGAAGAGAUUAGUACAAGGUAAUACUAUACCAUUUCUAGUUUGAAAUCGGCAGAGAUGGUUAAGCUAGCUUUCGUGAGCAGGAGUGUACAUCACCAUUCACCACACCAAGCCGUUUCACUGAAGCUUCCGCCUUCUCGCCGAUAAAUUAAACGGAAGCAGAGCUGCUGCUGCAAGAAGGCUUUCAGCUCACACGGGAGAGAAGAGAGAUGGGAGUGAGGGUGACCGGGCCGGCGGGAUCGCCGCUCGUGGCGGCGGUGCUGGCGAGCCUGGAGGAGGCCGCCGCCGGCGGCGGGUACGAGCUCGUCGGCACGGCGGCGGCGCGCGAACAGAGUACCCGGCCGCACCUUGCCCGGAACCCGUUUGGUAAGAUCGCCGCCUUUGCUGAGGACGGCGAGCUCGCGCUCGUCGACGCCGUCGGUGGCCAUGUUGAUGGUAGCCGCUCUCAUGCCCGCGUGACGUCUUGAGCCAUCGGCUUGGAGAAGGCCCCACUGUACAGGCUACGUACUGACAGUUGGGCCCCACCGUGCUGUUAUACUACUUAGGAGUUGAUUAUUAUGGUGGGGGCCAUGUGUCAGUCUCGAUUUGAUAGCAAUGUGUCAUGCGGUGAAGAUAGAAAUGUUUGUGUGCGAGCGCCAGUAAUUAAGAACAACACAGAGGAGGUAGGGGGGCAAAGGAGUUCUUUUGUGUCGAUUCCUAUUGCAUCAAGAUAAGACUAUUUCUUUACUAUUGAUUUUACAAAGAAAAUUACUAUCCAUACGACUAGUGUGUACGACUUGCGUAUGACUAGUACUUAGCUACUGCUUGCCGUGACUUACAUGGAAAAAAACUGACUUGUAUGAAGUGAAUUGAUUGGCUGAUGAGGCAGGGUCGAAUAGGGGUCGGAUGUAUAGCGGUACUCCUUUACAAAUAAAGUUCAUCGUAAAACAUCUCGAGAAGGUACGUAUAUGUGAUCACUAAUGUUGUUGAUGGGAUGUUUUUCGUACCGUGCUUAAAAUCUGAUGUACAAGUUGUUUUUGGCUUGUUGCAUCACUUGUGCAUUACUCCUCUAAAAGAACUUGUCUAAUGUGGCGUCAAGAACUAACAAUUAAGUUACAGUUGAGUCAAUCAGGAAUAUGAGGCCGCGCCAUCUGUAAGCAGUAGUAAUACCAUUAUCAUCAAGCCUAUGGUCACAUCAUUCACGCCAAGUGUCCAAGCACCUACUCCGAAGCUUCUUGCUGAUUAAAUUAGACGGAAAUGGAGCUGCUAACUGAUGCCUAAAUUAUAAAUGUCAGCAUGUGUAGAACGAGGAAGAACUCACAUCAAGCUUUCUCAAGAGAGAUAGAGACAGAGACAGAGUUUAGAGAGAGACAUCGGAGAUGGUCGCGAAGGUGUACGGAGUGGCGGCGUCGCCGUACGUGGCGACGGUGCUGGUGUGCCUGGAGGAGGCCGGCGCCAGCUACGAGCUCGUCGCCGUCGACAUGGCCGCCGGCGAGAACAGGUCCCGCCACCACCUCGCCCGGAGCGUACGCCCCUCUUUGCCCUCUCCAACUCUAAGAUUCGCUUCACUUUCAUACAUGAUGCAUCUCGAUCUCUUCUUGCACAAAAUCAAUUAAUUGCUCGCUAGAAACCUUUUCAUCUCUGAAUUAAUUAACCAAUCAAUCAAAUCAAAUUCGGCUAUAUCGUUCAAAAAAAAAUCAAAUUCGGCUAUAUUUCGUUCAAAUUUGCACGUGUUUCUCGCAGCCCUUUGGCAAGAUCCCUGCCUUUGAGGACGGAGAAGUCACUCUCUUUGGCUAGGAUCAUAUGUCCUAAUUACUGGAUGUUGUGGAGGAAACUAGAAACAGAGGCAGUGCGAGGUACAAGCACAAAGUAGAACAACUGUUUGCUGAGCCGCACACUUGUUUGGACCCUACCACUUUCAUGCAAAAUUCAUGCAUAUAUAUAAAUAUAUUUACACCUGAUGCAUUUUAGCUUAAUUAAAUUCAUUUCCAAAGAAGUAGUAGCAAAUCAAGCGAAACAAAAGCAAUAAAGAUGAAGGCUUCCUCGUUGGCCGCCGUCGCCGCCGCGGUGCUCGUCGCCGCGGCGUGCUCCGGGCGCGCGCCGGUGGCGGAGGCGACGAUCGAGAGCACGUGCGGGGCGGCGGCGAAGGGCGACCGGCGCGUGGACGUCGGCUUCUGCGCGCGGCAGUUCGCGUCGUACCACGGCGCGGCGGAGGCGGACGCGUGGGGGCUCGCCAAGAUCGCGGCGCUCAUCGGCGUCAACCUCGCCGACGACGCCGUGUUCGACAUCGGCGCCGGCAAGAUCCGCCCCUCCCCCGGCGGCGGCGCCAAGGGGGACAAGGCCAUGGACGCGUGCGCCAAGGCGUACGACGCCGUCGGGGUCGCCUUCGCGGAGGCUGCCGACGAGCUGGGCUCGCGCCGGUACGCCGCGGCGAGGCAGGAGCUGGCGCGCGUGGCGGCGCUCGUGCAGCGGUGCGACGGCGGCCUCUCCCGGGCCGGCGCCAGGUCGCCGCUGCCCAGGUACAGCGCCGACUGCCAGCAGGUGGCCAUCAUGGGCAUCGCCAUUACUAACCUCCUCAAGUGACACGUCGCCGCGUCGAACACCUUUGGUGGUGUGGCUUGGUUCUUGGCUGCUUACCUACAAAGUGAAUAAAUUUUGUAUCUGUAGUUUAUAAAAUCCAAUAAAUUAAGACAAUUCAUUGGGUGUUUGUUUGGUUUAGGAGGUUGAUUUUCAUUGUGUUAGAUUAUAUUUGGUCGAGUGAUAUAAAUAUUUUGGGACUAUCUA